GAAACACGGCAUUCUAUCUGUCAAAUUCAAAAUCAUUCGCUCACUUGUUGAUUGUUCGGCAUUUGAAAAAGACGCAAGACUCUCGCCAAGAAAACAAAGUAGCCUUGGACUAUUUACACAAAGGCAGGACAAACAAUAAAUACGACGUAGUAUUGUCAUCACACAUUUGGAAGACGCACAGCAGAAGAAUAUCGAGUGACAGACAGCACAAUAGAAGUCAAAUCAAACAGAAAAGUAAUUAAAAAACCACCAAAAAUGGCUGACUCUGAUGAACCGAUCAGCAAACGGCUACGGCGACGUAAGGACGCGACCGAGCCAGAAACAUUGAAAUCAUCUACAACGUCUGCAACAAAAUCCCCGACAAAGUCAUCGACAAAGUCUUCGCCUAGCCCAGAAGAAGCACUAACGCAGGAAAAUGUGUCGGAUUCAUUGUUGUGCCUGACCGAUAAUUGCCUACAAAAGUUGUUUGAACGGUUGGACAUCGAAAGCCUGUGUCAAAUGGCAAACGUAUGCAAGCGAUUCAGACCAAUCAGCGAACGUGCAUUCAGUGAACGCCACAAAAAAUUCGUCUUCGAAGGCCGAUCAUGCAAAAAUUCAGUGUUUCGUCGUGUGCUCUGCAAAUUCGGCCACUUGAUUACAUCAAUCGAUGCAUCCGAAGCUCACUUUGCUCCAGGUGAAAAGCUUGAUGUCAACGCUAUCGCUAAAUAUUGCACCAACAACUUGGAAAAAUUGAUUGUAAGCGACACAACCAUCGAUUGUGGCGUGGUGAAGCCGCUGUUCUCGCGUUUGAAGCAUUUGGAUUUGACCAUGUGCGAUUUUACCGGUAACAAAAUUGAUUUGUUCAAAAAUUGUCCGAAUCUUGAGGUUUUUGGAUUUCAAGCUAAUUUUGGUGACUCGGAACCGCUCGAUUACCAUCGUUCAAUUGGUUUCGUCGUGCAAAAAUACCCGAAAUUGGAAUCGCUUGCAUUUGACAGUUCUUUCAUUGCUGUUGAUGCGUGCUUCCGUUUGUUGGCGCUCAAUCCACAGAUAAAAACGCUUGAAAUUACGGCCCCACCAGAAGACAUCUACAUCCAAAGGGUGGUUCAAUACGCAAAAAAUGUCGAAGUGUUGGCAAUUCAGCCCGGUUUUUGGUCAAACACAGCAGAAAUCCAAACAAGAAAAGAAUUCCUCCAGCUCGGCCAAUUGAAAAAGUUGAAAAAGCUGUAUCUUUCUGCGAGCGAUGAACCAUACUCAAAAUUGGCAGCUCCGCUUUCGGAUGCAUUUGCGAAAAAUAAUGUGCCCAUCGAAUGUUUGAGUCUUCGGGAAUUCACCAUCGGUUCCAAAGAAAUCAAAAGCAUUCUCAAAUUGAAGGCAAUGAAGUUUUUGAGCUUGGAUGAAGUUGGAAAUGUCACCGACGCUGAUUUGGUACCGUUGAACAAAGAGUUGCCGCUGCUGGAAAAUCUGCAACUGUAUUUUGGAACGAAGGCUAAAACACCAAUCACAGCCGACGGACUUACAAAGAUGGUUAAGGAUGGAAAGCACCUUGAAUACUUGGGAUUAGUGGACAUUAAAAACUUGAAGAUCGACAAGAAAGCAUUCGAUGACCUACUGAAGGCAGCACAAAGUCGCGGCAACGAGAAGACACUCACGAUUGAAAUCAUUGGAAACAAAAAGACGACCAGCUUCAAUGUUCCAGAGGACGUUCAACGAGAUGGCGGCAAACAUCUGAAGAUCGAAUACAAAGCACGAGAGGUCGAGUACUAGCGUAAUAACUUUGCAUCGCAAAACCAAUCGAACAACGAUUUUUUUUUCAUUUUUUCUUUACAUAGAGAUAAUUCUUUAUAUAAUAUCAGUUCAGUUAAGUAACCAAUCGACUGUUUUCCAUAUUCAUGUUCAUGUAAGUUCGUUUUGCGUCACAAUUCGUAAUAGUAUCAGUGUGUCAGCCAUUUGUGGCUUUCAAAGUAAACAACAAACGCCUAAUAUUCAGAGUCAGAAUCGAAACAACGUUAAUUUCCGUACGUUCACGUUUUAAAGCAUUCCAAUGAAAAUGAAACUUAACGUAUUAUAAUUUAUAUCGAUUGAUAUGGCAUUAAAAAAUGAAUUUACUCUCGUUUUCAUCCACGAAAAUCAUAUUUCAAAAAAGUUGAGAAUAAAUUUAAUAAAAGUUUAUAUUGAAAAUCGAA